GCUCCGGAAGCUUAAGCUCGUCGCUGGUUAAACCUUAGAGCCUGGUCGAGGAGGGUGAACUUUCUUUUUCCUUCCAUCCCAAAAUAUACGCUUGUGACAUUUGUUUACACGUAGGUAAACAUAAUCGAAGAUCGUAUUUUAUCCGAAAUGGACUCCUCUGAGCACGGCUCUUCAGUGUCAUCUACAGGUGUAGCCAGUGGAGGGACGCUACCACCAGGCCUGGCAGAGGAGGAGGCAGAAGAGAUACAGGUGGAGCUCACCAAGGUGGAGGAUGAGAUUCAGACACUGAGACAGGUUCUCGUGGCGAAGGAGAGGCACGCUGCUGAGCUCAAGCGCAGACUUGGCAUCAGUCCCCUCUCUGAAAUCAAACAGAACUUCACCAAAGGCUGGCAUGAAGUUCAGUGCUCCGAUGCUUAUAUGAGAACCUCACAAACUCUUGGAGACUUGAAUCAUAGAGUUACCUCAUCUAAUUUAUAUCUUACAGCUUCGGCCACAUUUGAGGAAAUUGGACGUUCUGAUGCCUAUAAGAGGACUCAGGAGACUCUGUCUCAGGCAGGUCACAUGACAUCAGCUGCGUUCUCCUCAGUGGGCUCUGCCAUCAGAAACCAAUUUGGAGAGAUGAGGGCUCUGCCGUACUCUAACUCUGGUAGCAACUUUUCCAUGCGUCACUCUUUAAGUAUGCCAGCUAUGAGGAACUCGCCAAGCUUUAAAUCCUUUGAGGACAAGGUGGAGAAUAUGAAGUACAAAGUAAUGGGGCGAUCAAAUGGAGAGAGCGACCAUUCACCAACCAGCAACAAUGCACCUUUCUGAGCAGGAAGCACAACCUCGUGACCCAAGAACUGAUCUCUGUGAUCCUUCUAUAACGCUGCACCCAAAUACACUCCAGUCUCUCCACUGCUAAGUUACCUUCAAAUGAAUGUAAAGAAAGAAAACGAUGCUUUAAUAAACCAAGAUGCCAACAUGCAAAGAGAUAAUGAUUACUUUAACAACUGUCACCCGUGCAUUAUGCAUUGUAGCCAAACAAAGCCUCUUAAAUUAGAAUGUUAAAAACUGGAUAACCCUUUUUGGGACUGUUAGAUUUUCUUCUGUGCAUCGAAUUACCUUUAAAUCUAUUGUAAUAUUUUAUUUUGUCAAACAACAUGACUUCUCUGACACUUCAGUAGUAAAUGGUCUGUUACGGUCAGCAUGAAGAGGUGAAAUGUUUGUACAGCUCACACUUAGAAUGUCCUAAAACACAUCAGGCUUCUUCAGCCUGCUUCGUUGCCACUGUUUAUUAUUGUUACAUGCUUCCUUACAAAGAAUAUUGCACUGAUUAUUACCCCACUUGUUACUCAGUGCAGAAGGUGCUAAAGCUUUUCUUGUGACAAGACUCAAGCAUCAGAUGUGUAUCAUCUCUAAAGGUGUGUACUAAAUUAUUCACAUUUAUUUUAUUGUCUUGUCUACAGUACUUUAACAAUGACCAUAAAGGCAUUUGAUGAAAAGAUGGGGUUUAUAAAUUAUUUAAUUACUAAUCAGAUGCAAGGCUAAUAUUUCCAAGUAAGAUACUUGAAUUAAAUGAUUGUAAUAUUUAAUCAAAUAUUGUGGUGGGCAAAAGGUCAAUUUCACUGUGAGGCGAUGGAAAAUCCAUUUUUAAUUUAUUUUUGGUCAGUUUAUUGUUUUUCUUUUGAUUCUUUGUGCUGAUGGAAGUACUGUCCAUGCAAUGAUCUGUAAGAGAAUGUUACCAUACUGACC